UAGAAGUGGCCCUGGCCGAGGCUACAGAGAGGUAUGCAGCAGGAUUCUUGCCCCCUGAGUCACCACUUCCUGGAAAGGGGGCAGGGCAGCCUCAGCUGCUAGGCUCGCUGAGACCUGGGGCCCCGGGGUCCUGGAGAGAGCUGCCUCAAGGCAUUGCACACCUGAAGUCAGGUGUGCUCCGGAACGUGCACAUUUCCUGUUUGUCACCUGGGUGGAGUCCAUGGCUGUGGUCAUGAACCACACAAAUUCCUGGUUCUCCAGUCACCUUGGCAGGAAUGGGGGCAAAGCAGGACCAAGCUCUCGUGACCAAGGUGCUGACGUGAGCGAGGACGGACCAGAGGGAAAGAAAAGUAGUUCCGGAGGGGAACCUCACAUAAAGAGCGCACCCCAUUUUAAACCAGCGACCACAGGCGACUUUAGGAAGGAUUUGGGGCCACCCAGCCAGGGAGGGGCAGCUCCGGAUUUGCGAUGGCGCACACGAAAGUGGAAGCUGAGAGUGUUUCCGCAGAGAGCAGGAAACAGGCUGGGAGCUGCGCGAGGGCCACCGAAGGCACACCCGGGUUCCCGGACACGCAUGACACGCAGUCACUCACUUGGAGACUUCUUCCGUCCCCCGCAGACUCUCUUAGAUGCAUCCUCGGGAGCUGACGGCUCCACCCCGAUCAGUAGGGACCCCUGGAUCUACCAAAGACCACCCCCUCACUCACCUGGGCCGGACUCUUGGGGGGGAUCCGACGGGGCUCAAUCUGGAGGCUCAGCGGCUGAGGAGCGCAGUGUCCACGCCCCAGCCAGGCCCAGCCUCGCCUGCACUCCACCUGGCUGGAGCCCAGCCCUAGCACCUGGCCCCGGCCCCUUCGGGCUCCGCCUCCAAAGGAACCUCCCAGGUGCUCACCCGCCCCCUUGGAACCUGUCUGCGGCUCGCGGCGUCCGUGUGCGAGUGGGGGUGUACGUCGUGUUCUCUAUAGACUCCUCGUCCUUGGCAACUCCGAGUAGCCCCGCUCUUUAGACAGGCGCCCCGUGAUUUGGGGAUUCUUCCUCCCUUUUCUUCUUUCUCUGCCCACCCCCCCUUUUAGAGCGUUCAGCUACCUAUCCGAGGACUCCUGGUCCUCCUGCCUGCGUCUCCCGAGGGCUGGAAUGACAGUCGUGCCCUGCCGUGCGCGGUGCGGGGGACUGAACCUCCCAGCUUUGUGCACGCCGGAGAGCGCUCAAGCCACUCAUCCCUAGAAUGACUUUUCCCACAUGCCAUGUCUCCCUAGGACCUGGCCGAGUUGAGAGUGUCUCUCCAAAUCCCCAGAGAUCCAGGUCAGUUCAGGGAAGUCCUAGCCUGUGGCAUCAAACCUGCUGCUUCCUCCGGGCCCAUCCCCACCCAGCUGGGGUUUGGAGUUGGGAGACUUGUGCGGAAAGGCGACAGCCUCCAUCAAAGACGGAGCUGGGCGGGAGUUUGGGACCAGGAUGAAGACCGAGGGUUCCAUUCUGAUGCACGGAGGUAGAGGAAGUUGGGGCUUGCAAAUCUGCGGCAAGAGAGGCGAUAAGCAGUUGUUAAAAGGCCACGUUUAUUCAAAACUCACUAGUACGGCAGGCUGUGGUGGGUGUUCAGUGCAUAGAGCGCUGGCCCAGCAUGUACGAACCCCUGGGUUCUAAGCCCAGCCCUGUACAAACGAGGUAUAGGGUGCACACCUGUCACUACAGCCCUCGAGAGGCGGAGGCAGGAGGAUCAGGAGUUCAGUUAGCCUUCGCUACAUUGUGAAGUUCAAGGCCAGUCUGGGCUACUUGAGAUUCUUUAAAGCAUUCCAUAUCCCAGUGGAGAAACUGAGGCACGGGAGUGGGGGAGCUAAGCCAUUCAUGCAAAUGUACCCCAGCCUGGGAGCGGUAGGGACUGAAUUUGAAUUUAGAGCCCUAGUUGAUGUUUUCCAGCCUGCCUCGUUUUUUGCAGCCUGGCCUCCCCCGGUAAUCGCCGACCCUGACCAUGAGCAGAGAAAGUAAAUUGUUACCCAUUUUACAGAAGAGGGAGAGGAUGCGUAGGAAGUCACAGAUGCCAAAAAUAGGGGAUGGAAACUGCCCUUGCUUGUAGAGUUGCAAAAGGGAAGAUUUCCAGGCUGUGCCCACCUCUUCCCCUCUUCCCGCUAUGUAAAUCAGACUCAGGGUGUUCCAGGGACGCGGUCUAGCACCGCCUAGUGGCCAUAAGGAUGAAAAGGCCACUAGGGGAGGGGAGCUAUUUGGAACCUGGUGAGCUAAAUCCUUGAGAGGCUUCCCUGCCAAGGGAAUUUUAGCUCCUAAUAAUAGGAGCUAGAUUAUAAGUGAGUAGGAAGGCAGUAAAUAUUUGUUAAACAAACGAAUUAAUGAAUGACAGGGAAGGGUGAUCUACCUGCCUUUGCCUCCGGAGUGCUGGGAUUAAAGGCGUGCGCCACCAA